CUAACCAUGCAGCAGUUCAACUUAUCAAACAGUUCACUUACAACUCCUGUCUCAGCUGAAUACCUGAUCAGAGGUAGCGUGAUGGCAGUUUUCUUCAUACUGGGAGUCCCUGCUAACAUAAUGGUAAUAAUACGUCUCACUGGAUGGCUGAAGGAAGGCAGUUUCACCCCGAGACUGAUGCUAAGCCUGGCCAUAUCAGAUCUGCUCACUCUGCUUUCUCUGCCAGUUUGGAUCUGGGCUUAUCUACAUGGUUGGGCUUUUGGCGUGGUCCUGUGUAAGCUUCUCUCCUACUUUGUGUACUUCUGUGUCUACUGUAGCACACUGUGUGUGGUUUUGAUGAGUGUACAACGAUACAUACAAGUGCUGCAUCCUGACAAAUGGAACAAGCUUGGCAGAAAGGGAAAGAUAAUUCUUUUGAGUGCUAUUUGGAUCCUAAGUGGAAUAUUCUCUUGCUAUGGUCUUGUACAGCGCAUCGUAAGCAAGGAUGAAAGAGGACAGCUUCAGUGCAGUCUACACUAUAGGAAUGAUGUGGAAAGAGUGGGUACUUUAAUCUGGGAGAUUAUACUAUUCUUACUUAUGUUUCCAACACUGACUUACUUCUACUUUCAUCUUUACCGGGGAGUUAAUAACACAGCUUUCUUUAGCAGUCGCUCAUUAACAAAGCUGGUGACCAGAAUUGUUGCAUGUUUCUUUAUUUUUUGGAUCCCGUUACAAAUCUCCAACAUUGUGAUUGUCACCGCUGUGUUACUUAGGAAUGAAAGUCUGUUACAAUCUGUUGAAUCUGCAGGAAAAAUUAUGGCAGCUCUGACUUUCAUUAACAGUUGUGUCAACCCCUUUCUGUAUGCCUUCUCUGCUCGGGCUCUACGACAGCAAACAGCAGGAACAGAAAAUGCUUAGUCCUUUCAUAAUUUUAAGGUUUCAGGUUUGAGAGAGAUUCUUGCUGACUGCCAGUGACUUUCUGCAUUUUAAAUGGAAUUGCAUAUCAUUUUAACAUAUUAGUGUAGACUAUUAUUAUUAUUGUUGUAUUCGUAACAUGUAUACAGGUUUCGUAUUACUUCCCCAUUUUUAACUACUCUUUUAACUACUACUGUUUUAACUAAAUAGUUUUUGCCUAC